AUGCUCGCCACCGUCUCUCGCUCCUCGCCUCGGGCGGGCGGUCUCUACCCCGGCAGAGCCUCCGCAGUGGGAUCAUUGGUAUCCUCGAACCAAACACCUGCGAGGGCUAGCCACUAUGGCCAGACUCGCGGCUUCCGCUUCGGUGCGUGGUCAUCCUAUUUGGAUCCCGAGGUCCAGCGUCAGCUACGUCUUCGUCAGCGCCACAUCAAAUACAAAUACAUGGAAUCGAUCAAUCGCAAGCUGUCCUGGGACCCAAACUCGCGUGCUCAAGACUCGAGAAUCGUGAUGAAGAAGAUGUUGGCCCAGUGCUGGAUCAGACAAGGCCAUACCCGCUCAGGUGGCAGAUACGUGAGAGGGGAAGACGUGAAAAAGGAUGAAUCGGGCGAAACCCCAGGCACCCGGCCCGGCCAGAACAUUGAGGACGUCGAACGCAGUGCCAUCAAUGCUCUCUUUUCCGGCAAGCGCGCCAAUCCGUUGGAAUAUGAUCUGUGGCAGUCCCCUCUGCAAAACAUCCGCAAUUAUCUCGGUAGUCAGACCAGGAGCAAGUACACAGCUGCUGCCGGUCGCGACAUCUCGCCCGACAUCGACCCGAUCACAAAUAGAAGAAUGCACUCUUCGCACGCGCCCCAGUCGGUAUUUGAUAACUCUUCGGACAAAAAUACCCAAGAGCCCUUCUUCCCAGACGGGGUCCCCCCCGCCGACGAGCUCAAAGAGUAUGGCAAUGUCACCAUUGACAGUGCCCCGUGGGCCGAAGCUGGGUCCAGUAGUGGAGUUGUGGAGACCCCGCAAUAUGCGGAUCUCGACAAGUACAAGCCGGUCAUGGAUGAGAAGCUUGAUGCUAAGCAACUUUCCGAGGAGCCGAAAUACGACGACUUGAGCAAAUACACACCGGUGGGCCUCAAAGACUUCCUGGAAGAGGUAGACGCCACGCCCAAAUACGAGGACCUUGGCAAGUAUGCCAACCCGACACUGAACGACCGCCCUCCUGAGGAGCUCUCCCAGCCUGCAUACGAGGACCUGGACAAGUACCGCCCGGUGAUGCAUAAUGAGAAUGCUGAAGUUCCGGAGGCGUAUGAGCGAUAUUCAGAUUUGCACAAGUAUGGCCCCAUCAUGCACAAUGAGAAGGAUGUGGUGGAGGAGAAGCAGCCCUACGACGACCUCCACAAGUACGGCCCAAUCAUGCAUAACGAAAAGGACGUAUUGGAGGAGACGCAGUCUUAUGACGACCUCCACAAGUAUGGACCGAGCAGUUUCAACGAACCUGAGGGAUUACGCCCACGUUCCAGCGAGGAAAAAUCGAAAGACUACGACGACCUUCACAAGUAUCGCCCGCAUUCUUUCAAUGAGCCUUCUGGUCUGCGUCCCAUGCAUCCCGAGGAAGCCUCCAAAGCUUACACUGAUCUGGAUCAAUAUGGCCCCAUGUCUUAUAACGAACCCCACGGCCAAGCUCCCAUGCACCCGGAGGAGGCAUCCAAGGCAUACGCAGACCUCGAUGCCUACAACCCCGUCGGCUGGAAUGAGCCGCACGGCAAACCCCCAAUGCACCCAGAAGAAGCUUCAAAGCAGUACAAGGAUCUGGGGAAAUACUCUAAGGAGUUCAAACGCGGCGAUGCACCGCCACCAGAGGGUGUCAUCGCAGCGGUUGAGCCUGAAGAGGCGGCCAAGCAUCAGCCUGUGCAAUACAACGAGCCCGAAAGCCAACGACCCAAGAAUGACUGGGAUCAGAAAGCUUUUGACGAGGCCAAGCAGUAUGAAUCCUUCCGGUACAAUGAGCCCGAUGGCCAACCUGCCGCGGUCAUCGACCCUGUUUCCAAGGGCUUGGGUGACUUCGAUGCGGAGAUCGCUGCGAAGGCAAACAGACGCAAGUCCUUUGCUCAGGCGUCAGAGAAAGAGAGGGUUGACGAUUUGGACUUGCUUCGAGCGAGUGAUGUUCGGGCCAAAAUUCCAACGUCCUCGGGUCAGUCCCGGAGAGAGUACAGCACGACGAACAGACAGAUCCUCGAGGCGGAUCUUCCCCGAUAUGCCGUGAACUGGGAUAUCUCGAGCAAAGCUGCCCGUAUUGCAGUGCGCCAGUCUAGGAACAAGGCGUGGGAUCACAUUCCCUCCAAGAAGGAAAGCCUUACUGGCAAUUAUGUCAGGGACUUUCCCGAAGACUUCUCGCGGAACUGGAACGACAUUGUGGCGGCUGCCGCGGACAGUCAAAAGGUUGAGGAGAGCAAAGACCAAGAUGAGGUUGAGGCUGCGUCCUUUGAUGAGAGUUUUCCGAGCCUGGAGCACAAGUUGGAGCCAUCCCUAGACCGGUCGUCUUCCUUCAGAACCACCCGUAUCGCGGGAAAGAGAGGUCAAAUUGACCAAUAUUCAAAAGAGCCUCAAGGCCUUGAGGUGAGCUACUCUGAGGAGUGCGGUGGCAAGCAGACCUGGCCCUCCUACGUCCGGACAUAUGGAACCGUGACGGAUGCCAUGGCAAAUGCCUCUUCAACCGCACAGGAGGCUGUUUCCGCUGCCAAGAGCGAGGGUGUGGUGUCCUCGACCACAACCGACGCACCCCGGGAGCCUACCAUUUACAAGAUUCUUGCAUACGACCCGACGAUGCAGGCUAUCAACACAGCCGAGACCACGUCGGUCGUCCCCGACAGCGCAACACCGCUGACGCCAGCGGAGGUUAUUCUUCGGUUGUCGAACCCAACCAAGUUCUUCCCCUAUUUUAGCACUUUGCAAAAAGAGGGAUAUGAGAUUGUUUCCGGAAGCGGAGACGUCCUGGUAUUCCGCAAGGUCCGCGAGGCAGAGACGGCAUCCAAGGAGCAGGCUAUCGCCUCCUUCGCCCCUGCGAUUGAGAAGCCGACGACAUACCAGGCGCCAAAGGUGAACCCCAUCGACAUGAUGGGGAGCGACCCCGUAGUACCAAGCGCUUACUCUUCCAGUCCUACAGGCUACCUCAACUAUGAUUACCCCGGAGCAGAGACAACAGAGAAACCCCCACCUCCCUUCAGCCCGUUGAGGAGGCGUAACACGAUAUCCUGUGACAGCCAGGAUUUCGAGAUUCCAAAGCGGCCAAAGAGGAGCAGGGCCAAGAAAGUUGUCCUUGGCGCCGUAUGGGUCGGCGGGAUCUCCUACGCCAUUGGUGUCGUUGGAGAAUACUUCAAGACUGGAGGCAAAGAUGGUCAAGGGCCUAAGGGUUUGUAA